AUGGUGCUGCACGGUGAGAGCUUGGGAGCCCAGACGGCGCGGGUAGCUGGGAAAGCGGAGGCGGAGGAGGAGGAGGAGGAGGAGGAGGAGGAGUCGAUGCGAUACGCUCCAUCCGGUCUUACCGUGAUAUCAUCACCGACUUGUCAGUCGUCCGUAGGUGCUGUACCUCCGCCUCCACCACCAAAGCUUCCGCCUCCUCCCUCACAACUCCAGCCGCCUCCACCCCCCCCCUUCCCAGCAGUUUCCAUCCGACUACCGGAGUUGGUCCAGACGCACACGUGCGUGUGUGCACCUGUGUCCGCGGACGAGUUUAUCAAGUCGUUGGAAGGAUCGAUUGUUGUUUGCAAAUUGGCCAUUUUGGUCUCUCUGGCUCUCUCGCUCGCUGCGUUUACAUUCCUCCGCGUGUUUUAUCCAACCUGCACACGCGUUAUACGCUCACACAUGCAUGGGUCUGGCGCGGCUCAGUGGUGGUGA